UCGGAUUUGAAAUCAUUUCUCAAAUCGACGUUCCCGCCAUGGUCCACUUCUUCGGCGCGCACGUGACCGAGGCCAAGCCACUGACGGUGACGGUCCCCGAAGGCUUCGUGCUCAACGUAGUGCAUGCGUCGCUAGCCAGUGGCCCCGAAGCCGUCGUCUUGUCGGUGGAAACCACGUCCCUCGAUCAAUCCCUCGUCAAGGUGGUGGUUGGCACCCUCCGCUCCGGGACGUGCGAUCAAAUCAAGCUCGACUUGGUGUUGGGUGCGCACAAGGCCAAGUUCUCCUUGCAGGGACACGGGGUAGUGGACUUGUCGGGGUACUUUCAACCGGGUCCUCCUGAAGACUCCACCGACGAAGACGACAUUUCCCGCCUGUCGGUCGACGACUUGUCCGCGUUGAUCCAACAAGCGGCCUCUCGCAUUUCCAAGCACAACGCCGAUGAACUCGAAGGGAGCGACGACGAACAAGUUGCUGCCCCCAUCAAGUCACCGUCAACUGCGGCUCUCCCUUCCAAGAAACGUCCCCGCGCAGAUGCUGCCGCCGUCAAACCACUUGCUUCGGAAAAUGGUACCGCCGUCACAGGUUUUCUGUGCAGGUGCCGCGCAUGGUCCUUAAGGCUGGUUUCGGUUCUCUCUCUCUCUGAGUGAACAAAAGGCUUACAAGUCUUCCCUAUCGAAUUCAUACGAGUCAUAACUGUGCAACAUCUUACACCUCCAUCUUUCUUGUUCUAUCGUGUGCUGCUUGACUUCGUGGAUGAUGCUCACGUUUCUCCAUUAGACCUCCGCGAAACAAGCACAUGAACCUAGCAGUGACGACGACGGUGAAGAUGAGGAUCCAAAUGAGGCCACUACCGCCGCCCCCAAGAACCUCGUGACGCCGCUGCAUCACAAACCCGAAGCAGCAUCCGCCCAUUCCGACCAUCUCAAGAAGCGCAACAAGAAGAAGAAGCGAAAGAAUUACAAACCUGACGUGUCAUCCAACUAAACUAUUUUCCCCAUAUUAUUAAUCCAUGGUGGCGGCCAAUAAACUUAUUUUUAUAACGUUA